AUGAAACAAAAGCCUCCGUGGAAGGCAGAAAAUCUUCAGAGGCUGCAUCUGCUGAGGACAAAACUAAACACGACGAGCCAAGUAAAGAGCAUGAGGCUGCUCCAGACUCUCCUUCCAAGCAGCUCCCUGACCAGAUUUCCUUCUUCAGUGGGAACCCCUCUGUUGAAAUCGUUCAUGGCAUUAUGCACCUCUACAAGACAAACAAGAUGACCUCUCUGAAGGAGGAUGUCAGGCGCAGUGCCAUGCUCUGCAUCCUCACAGUCCCUGCUACCAUGACCAGCCACGACCUCAUGAAGUUUGUGGCUUCCUUCUACGAAGUGAUUGAGCACAUGAAAAUCAUCCGAGAUUCCACCCCCAACCAGUACAUGGUGCUGAUCAAGUUCAGCUCACAGGCUGAUGCAGACAGCUUUUACAUGGCCUGCAACGGCCGGCAGUUCAAUUCCAUCGAGGAGGACGUGUGCCAGCUGGUGUAUGUGGAGAGGGCUGAGGUCUUCAAAUCAGAAGAUGGGGCCAGCCUGCCUGUGAUGGAUCUGACAGAGCUCCCAAAGUGCACGGUGUGCCUGGAGAGGAUGGAUGAGUCUGUGAACGGGAUCCUCACCACCCUGUGCAACCACAGCUUCCACAGCCAGUGCCUGCAACGCUGGGAGGACACCACGUGUCCUGUCUGCAGAUACUGCCAAACACCUGAGCCAGUGGAAGAGAACAAGUGUUUUGAGUGUGGAGUUCAAGAACGCUACGUCAGCCGCCACGCCUACAAGCACUUCGAGGAGACCCAGCACACCUAUGCCAUGCAGCUGACCAACCACAGGGUCUGGGACUAUGCUGGAGAUAACUACGUCCAUCGACUGGUUGCAAGUAAAACCGACGGGAAGAUAGUUCAGUACGAGUGUGAGGGAGAUAUCUGUCAGGAAGAGAAAAUUGAUGCCUUACAAUUAGAGUACUCCUACCUGCUCACGAGCCAGCUGGAGUCCCAGCGCAUCUACUGGGAGAACAAGAUCGUCCGAAUAGAGAAGGACACAGCUGAGGAGAUUAACAACAUGAAGACCAAAUUUAAAGAGACCAUUGAGAAGUGUGACAGUCUGGAACAGAGGCUGAAUGACUUGCUCAAAGAAAAGCAGUCUGUGGAAAGGAAGUGUUCUCAGCUGAACAACAAAGUGGCAAAACUUUCCAACGAGCUGAAGGAGGAGCAAGAGCUGAACAAGUGUCUGCGAGCCAAUCAAGCCUUGCUUCAGAACAAACUGAAGGAGGAGGAGAGAGUGUUAAAGGAAACCUGUGAGCAGAAGGACCUGCAGAUCUCUGAGAUCCAGGAGCAGUUGAGGGAUGUCAUGUUCUACUUGGAGACCCAACAGAAAAUCAACCACCUCCCAGCUGAGACCAGGCAGGAGAUCCAGGAGGGACAGAUCAACAUUGCUGUGGCAUCUUCAGCCAGCUCCUCCACGGGGGGCACGGGCAAACCCUCUUCCAGGAGAGGCCGUGGCAAGAGGGGCAAAUGAAGGCCAGGAUGCCCCUGCCCACUUGGAAACUGGCCGUGCUGGUGUGGGCCAGGCUGGCCUGGGGACCCUGCCUAAAGCUCAGCUAGAAAUUGUCUUCAGAGCUGCUCAUAAAACUGGCUGCCAGUCAAUCAGUGGAGGUGUCUGUGGUAUUUAAAAGCAUUUCACUGCACUAUUUAGCUACUUCUAGGCAGAUCUCGAGGAUCAUUUUGCCUCCCUACCUUUCCAAAGCUCCUCCUGUCAUGUGUUUG